GAUCAUUUCACUGUCCUGUGGUGAAAUAAAUUUACCUGCAUGUGUCCUACAAAAGUCAGGUUCGUUAAUCGGCCUAAAUUUGUUUAAAACUUUUUGUGAGUCGUUUUUUUGACUGUCUUCUCUUGAGAAGCAUUUUAUUAUUGUUCAUUAUUUUACUUUUGAUAAAUAUCUCUAGACAGGCUAAUGACAGGGUAUUGUUGUGGUAUAGUAUAGGAUUCGUCUCGAGUCUAUAAGCAUUGAACACUGGAUAUAGUUUAUAACUAUCUCUUUAUAUACUGUGAUGGUAUUUCACAAUCUCGCCGUGAUCAUAGGUAUUGGAAGAUUUCAAUUAUAUUUUCAGUCUUUGAACAUAAAAUGAAUCCUCAAUCCAAUGAGAUGAACUUUAAAAAAGCAAUGUAAUGAAAUAUGCCACAUGAGUGCAAUCUCAUUAUGUCCACACUAACGACUCCAGGUAAGACCAACUCUCAAAACUAUACAUUAGAAGAGAUACAACACUAUCUGUCGGAACUGCAGUACCAAUCAACACUUGCCUAUAUACCAACAUUUGUCUACAUGUCAAUCAUCGUUUUUGUUGGUUUCUUCGGAAAUUGUAUGGUCAUAAUAGUAUAUUGCAGCAAGAUGACUACUACAUCCUUGAGACUCUUCAUGGUGGUCAUGGCAAUAUUUGACCUGAUCAUCAACACAAUUGUUAUACCUUGGAAAAUGUAUGACUUAUUACACAUCUGGAAUUGUGACUUGCCAAUUUUGUGUAAACUUCAAAAAUAUCUCAACGCUUCGGUUGUACUGUCGUCAGCAGGGAUACUUGUUGCCAUAGCAGCAACAAGGUACAGGAUGGUAUGUCAUCCUUUUGGUCGUCAGGUCAGCAUAAAGCAAAGCAAACUCGUAUGCAUUGGGAUCACGUUGACUGCUUUUGUAAUCUCUGGACCUUACGGCGUCAUUCACGGGACACAAACGAAGAAGACUCCAAAUCCACAGAUUACUGGUCGCUAUUGCCAAGUUGACGACAGCUACGUUAAGACAAUAUGGCCGAGUUUAAACUCUGGGUUCUUUAUGUUUAUUUUUAGUGUGUCCUGCACUCUAGUAUCUGUCUUAUACAUUCGCAUUGGUAGAACGACGUGGAGGAAGUUAUUGCCUUCUUCUAAAUAUCAAGAGAGAUACAUUCAAACUGUUUCAAACGACCUCCAAGAGAAAAGAGAAUCCAACCAAACUGAAACAUCGUUGGAAGACUCAGAAAAAAGAUCUGUGCAGGGAAAAGAUUUGUUAAAGCCUGACUACAGUCGUCAAAAUGAUUUCAGCGUUCUAGAAAACACAAACUUAAAUACAAAUAAAAACACAACUUUUUGUUGGCAAUGUUCAACUAAGACAACUCAAACUAACAUUUUACAAGAUCGAAAUCUCGGUGUCCAUUAUCAAGACACUAAUGACGCAAAGGGAGACGCCAAUGACGAACUUAACAGCUGUCAAGGUUUUAGUAAAUGUGAUGAAAAAGAGGCUCAUUUUAACCAGAGAAAUGACGUCAACAAAACCAACAACAAUACAUUGCGUAACCUAUAUGCUAUAAAAAAUCGACAUAUUUUUGGAAAAACAUCUCUGAUGCUGUUUACUGUGACUCUGGUGUUUAUCAUUGGCUUUCUUCCAUUUCUGGGACUUAAUGUUUUCAUGGCUAUAGAUGCUGAAAGAGCUGCAGCUUUGGAAGGCGUGACUCUUGCACUCUAUCAACUGUUCCUUAGUUCUUAUUUAUUAAACAGUUUCGCCAAUCCUAUAGUGUACAGCCUUUUAGAUCGGAGAUUCAGAAUGGAGUGUUGGAAAUUGCUUAAAAGGUCUUAGCUAUAUGGCUUUAGGGAAAUAACCGAGAAUGCACGUUCUUUGUUUGUCUUUCUAUUUAAUAGUAAAAAGGAAUAUUUCAAAAUAACUCUUCGAUAGGGAUGAGUAACUAACAAUUUGAUAGCAAAGAAAUUAAAAACAAGCUCACAAAAUGUCCUUUUUAAUAGCACUGAAGAUUUAUUUUUCGUUUUUUUUUGUAACCCACCGACUUAAACUUUGUUAUUAAAAGCUUACAUUCUAUUCAUUA